AUGGCUGGGCUUGAGAUGAACUUAGAUUUUGUUUUAAGAGCACCUAAGAAGCCCAGAAUAAUUGCAAUUUGCAGCACUCUGAUUCCAAUGAUAUUGGGAAUCGGAAUUUAUUCUUUGGUUCCUGUUCUUGCAAACAUUCUUGUGGACCUUAAACUUCUCUACACUAGGCUUGGAAAAUUGGCAUUAACAGUAGCAACACACAAUGACUUCUAUAAUUGGAUUAUGUUUGCAUUGGUGUUUCCAUUUCUUGUUAAUGGUUAUAGAGCAAUUUUCUCAAUGCCGUGUGUCAUAGCUUUUAUUCUCUUAAGCCACUUUGUGUUACGCCCUUUGCUAGAGAAGAUAGUGGCCAAGAAACCAAACAAGCAUGAUUGGACCAAUUACCAGUUGUCAUUUGUGAUCAUGGGGCUUUUCGCUUGCACGGGGCUUACCGAUGUCCUCGGUGUGAAUCCCCUCGUCGGGGCGUUGAUUUACGGACUUGCCAUUCCACGAGGAAGCUUCACCGAGAUGUUGAUGGAGAGAUCGGAUGAUUUUGGAUCUAGAUACUUAGCACCCUUGUUCUUUUUCAGUGGUGGCUUGAGGUGCAAUGUAGUUAAGAUUUUGCAGACUGUAGAUUUGGAUUUUGUUGUUAUAGUGAUCUUGUCUAUCUUCACAAAGAUGGUUACAACAUUUGCAGACUGUAGAUUUGGGUUUUGUUGUUAUAGUGAUCUUGUCUAUCUUCACAAAGAUGGUUACAACAUUUGCAGUUACUCGCUACUAUGGCCAAAAACAGCCUAUAGGAUGAACAUGCUAAGGACCAUACAAAACCUAGGGUUUCAAACAGAAGUUCGAAUCUUGGUUUGUGUGCACAAUCCUCACCAUGCCAGUGGAAUGGUGAAUAUCCUAGAGGCCUUAAGUGGUAUCAGUGUCUCCUCUUUGCGAGUGACAGCAAUUCAACUCGUUGAGCUCAAAGGUCGUGUCACUAGCCUUGUCUCUGUUCAACUCGAGCAUCAAAGCUCGCUCGGAUUCUCACAAUCACAAUCACAAUCAUCUAAGGACAUGGAAACGAUAGCAAGUCAUUUCCAUUUCUUUGCACAAGUGCAUAGUGGCAACCAUGCUGAAACCAGCAUGAUCAUGUCACCUUUCGCGACAAUUAACCGUGACAUAUACAAUCUAGCAAUGGAGAAACAAACAUCAUUGGUACUCCUUCCUUUUCGCAAGCACUGGAGCUCCGACAGCAACCUAGAGGUAACUAAAGAGGUGUUUGGCGAGAUAAACCAGAAUGUGAUGAAAGAUGCACCAUGCUCUGUGGGGCUCUUCAUUGAUCGCGGCCUUAAUUCAUUGUUGAAUGCCAAUUUGCACAUCAUCAUGUUAUUCAUUGGGGGUCCUCAUGAUCGCGAAGCCUUGGCUAUUGCGUGGAGGAUGGCAGGACAGCAUAGGAUACGGAUACAACUCACUAUGGUGAGGAUUAUUUUGUGUGGCAAGGCUGCAAUGGAGGAUCAAAAAAAGGAAUCUGGCCAUGAGGAACUACUAUCAGCAGUGCUAGAUAAGAAUAAGGAACGAGAGUUGGAUGAUAGCCGUGUGAAUAAUUUUAGGAUUAUGGGAGUGAACAAUAAGGAUACAAUAAAGUAUGAAGAGAGAUAUGUGGAAAGUGAUGAUGAUAUCCCUAGAGUGGUUAAUGAAUUUGAUCAAAAGCGUUAUGAUUUAUAUGUUUUGGGACAAGGGAAAGGUAGGCACUCAAGGGUGUUGUCCGAAAUGUUGGAUUGGACUGAUUUCCCUGAACCAGGUGUUAUUGGGGACUUAGUGGCAUCAAAUAGCUUUGGUUCCUACUCUUCUGUGCAUGUUAUACAGAAAUAUGGGUAUGGGGGAAUGGAAUUUGGUAAAAAUUAUGAGAACAACCGUAGUUGUCAUCCUCCUAUUUGCAAACCACCUUCAAUGACAAGAUCAUUAAGUAGAAUGUUUUGA